UCUUGCUGCCUGGCAACCUUGUUGUAUCCACUGCUCCAUGCUGAGCUGGCUUAAAUUUAUUUUAAUUUUUUUGAUCAAACACGGCCUUUGAACUCUUUACUGUCUACUUUGUCAUGGCUGAAUGACAGCCACGCUGCUGUAAGAAAGAUUAUUGCUCUGAGUGUAAAGAUGUGGCUGAUUCACAAUGAAUCUUCCGAGCCUUUGGAAACUCCCAUGUCUGUUGACCUCAGAAGAAACCUGCUCUUUUCUGUGAGUCAGAACUUGAUCUCAAGCAGGAGUUGUGGACUCAUCCCACCACACCCAGUAGUUCCCGUUGAUCCAUGGAACAUAAAGGCCCCCGACUUCACCCCAAAACUGUACAGAUCUUCGGGUUUGCCACGGAUCAAGAGCAAAAACAUUCACCUGGUUAAAUCAAACAACAGUGUGGAAGGAAAAUCUUUUAUUUUGGAAAAGAUUAAUGAUGUUACCCCUUCAAUAUUGCCUGGAUUUGAGCAAAAGGGAUGUAAAGCACGACCAUUUGUCAAAUUCUACAAACCACCAGACUCACUAGAGUCAAAACUGCUGUUUGUGAGAGCAGGGAUGUAUCCAGUGGGGCCGUACAAAGAUCCAAAACCUCAUAACUUCAGACCUUGUGCUGAGGGAAUGCCGGAAAUGGUGACCUCUUUAGAAAAGGAUCCUGGCUGCUUGAUCCUAAAGUCUCAGUGCCUAAAAGCAGUCAGUGACAGCCAUCCUGACCUGAACCCUUCUCACAGCGACACAGUGAGCCAAAUAGACACUUUCAAACCAGCAGAGCUUAAAUGGGACCCAAGGCUCAUACUACCAAAGACACCAUGGCCUCCAAAAUCUGCGUCUUAUACAAGACAUCGCCGCAGAAGAGGAGUAUAUAGUGCCUUAAUGGACCGAGUUGAAGAAAAGCUGACCAACUCCUGGAAGAAAUGAAUCUGGUUUAAGACAAAAGAAAGAAUUUUGUGUUGUGGUGUGCAGAUAAAGCUAGUUUAAACAUCAGUUUUCUGCUUUGUCUAAUGAGUCCUGCUGUUUUAUGGAGAACCCAUAAAACAGGAGAAUUAUUAUACACAUUUACAUUUAGUCAUUUAGCAGACGCUUUUAUCCAAAGUGACUUACAAAUGAGGACAAUGGCAAUCAAAAGCAAUCAAAAACAAGUGCUAU